CAUGGCCAAAAUCCUCCAAAUGGCAACCAUGCUGGGCAGCUCCAGGCUGGGACACGGUGCCUUCGGUUUUGACGAGAGGCCUUCGGACGCGGCGCCGGUGCCGCAGAUGAAGCGGGAGCUGCCCACGCGCAAGAUGUGCCUGGAGGCCUUCAAGCGCACCCACUACGACAUCCUCAUCAUUGGCGGCGGCGCCGUGGGCUCCGGCUGUGCCCUGGACGCUGCCACACGGGGCUUGAAAACGGCUCUGGUCGAGGCGAAUGACUUUGGCAGCGGGACCUCCUCCAAGUCGAGUAAACUGCUGCACGGCGGCUUGCGGGACCUGGAGCAGGCCAUCUCGCGGCUGGACGUGGCGGCCUUGCGGAGAGUUCGCUGCUCCCUGCGGGAGCGCAGCCACAUUGGAAACCUGGCGCCGCAUCUCAGCCGGCCGGUGCCCAUCAUGCUGCCCGUCCACCACUGGUGGGAGGCACCGCUCUACUACCUCAAGCUGAAGCUCUACCAUUUGAUGGCGCCGAAGGGCACCAAGAGCUUCCAGUACCUCAGUGCCGACGAGGCGCUGCAGGUGUUCCCCAUGCUGCGCCGCCAGGAGCUCUUCGGCGCCUUCGUCCUCUACGAGGGCCAGCACGACGACGCCAGGAUGUGCCUCUCGGUGGCCCUGACGGCGGCUCGCUACGGAGCGGACAUCUGCAACCACAUGAAGGUCUUGAGGCUGAUCAAGAGCAAGGAUGGCAAUGUGGCCGGCGCGGAGGCGGUGGACCAGCUGACGGGUAAGAAGUACAGCAUCCGGGCGAAGGUGGUGGUCAACGCCACGGGCCACAUGAGCGACAGCCUGCGCCAGUUGGAGGACUCGGAGGCCAAGCCGCUCUGCACGCGCAGCUGGUCCUCGAUCAUCGUCCUGCCGCGCUUCUACUGUCCGGAGGAAGUGGGCGUCUUCGAUCCGCACACGCCCAGCGGGCGAUCCAUCUUCUUCCUGCCCUGGCAGGGCCACACGCUCGUGGGCUCCGGCGACGAGUCGGGCAGUCCGCCCGACCAGGACGCCCAGCCAACGGAGACGGAUGUCCAGGGCCUGCUGGAGGGCGUGAAGCACUUUGUGUCGCCCAGUUUCGAUGUGCGUCGGUGCGAUGUGCUGGCCGUUUGGGGUGGCUUCAAGCCGCUGCCCGUGCAAUCCGACACGCUGCGUCACACUCUGCUGAAGAACCACGUGAUCCACCUGGGACCGCGCAAUAUGCUGACCAUUGUGGGCGGCACCUGGUCAUCCUUCCGGGUGCUGGCCGAGAAAACCGUCAACGCGGCCAUCCGCUACGGAGAUCUUUCGCCGCUGCGCAAGGAUUCGGUGACUGCCGAGUGCUGCAAACUGGACGGAGCCAGUGGCUGGAGCCCGAAGAUGUUCAUCCGGCUGGUGCAGGACUUCGGCAUGGAGCGGGACGUGGCCGAGCACCUGUCCAACACGUACGGGUCGAACGCCUUCCAGGUGGCGGUGAGUGCGCACAGCAGCGGGAUGGCCUGGCCCAUUGUGGGCAAGCGCCUGCACUCGGAGUUCCCGUACAUCGAGGCGGAGGUGAGGCAGGGCGUUCGGGAAUUCGCCUGCACGCUGGAGGACAUGGUGGCCCGGCGACUCCGCGUCGCCUUUCUCAACGUCCAAGUGGCCAGGGAGAUACUGCCGCAGGUGGCCAGCAUCAUGGCCAAGGAGCUCAACUGGACGCGGGAGCACACGAGGAAGCAGAUCCGCGAGACGCGCGACUUCCUCAACACCCAGAUGGGCCAGCUGACCAAGGAGAACGCCUCGCAGAUGAACAUCCCCAUCAAGAUGUCCGUGCGUCAGGUGCGCAUGUAUGCCGGGCAGUUCAGCCAACUGGAUGAGGACAAAACCGGCUACGUGUCCAUCGCAGACUGCUGCAAGGUCAUGAAAACAAUGGGCGUGAAGGAGGUGCCCGUCGACCUGAUGCACAACGUCCUGCGCGACAUCGACGUCCAUGCCCAGGGCAAGGUGAACCUGUACGAGUUCCUGCUGCUCAUGUCCGCCCUGGUGCAGGGCGACACCGGGUACCUGCGCUACGCCCGGUUGUGCUUGGAUCAAAGGAAGCAAAUGCAGGCCAGCAAUGUCCCGAUCGUCAUGCCAAUGGAGCUGGCCGGAGGCGGCCUCUAAACUGCCACCCUCUCCUCUACAGUGAUAUGAAGUCCAUUGACCGUCUUCACAUUAUACGUAGGAGUCGAUCCCUGCGGGGAUCGCUGCCUCAACUCAAAUUUA